GGUGCCUUCGUGACUGGAUGUCUGGACAGAGCCCUGUGGGAUCGGCUGCGCAUGAACAGCAUCCGAAAGGAAAGAUCGGAAAUAGACCGCACCGUCUGAUCUGCCUAAUCUGCCUAGUUACGUCAGCCAUUAUCGUGACUGUGGCCGGUCUCUCGAUCCAUGUGUCACAGAUUCGUCAGUCUAAGGAAACCUGCCACCGAAACUACCAUCAGUUAAACUCAUCCCUUCAAUCCAAGCUUUCAGCGCUCAAAUCUAAUCUGUCCGAUCUCCAUCACCAGAUCUGCGAAUUGUUGACCAGAAGCAGAGAGCAAACAUGUUCCAAGGACUGGGUCACAAAUAAAGACCGGAGUUAUUACGUAUCCAGGUUUGAAACAUCUUUCCAAGAAGCGAAGCAAGAAUGUUCAAUCCGUUAUUCAAGGCUGCUGGAAAUAAAUUCAAGGGAUGAAGCGCUCUUUGUAUUCCACAAUCUUCCUGACAGCAACUUUGCUUACUGGAUCGAAAAAUGCGAAAACGGUCCGGGCUCCGAACAGUUUCUGAUUAUUAUUGUGUUUGAAACCGACGGGGAAGUGCCUGAUCCACCGAAACCCGCUGCCAAGAAGGGCGCCAAGAAAGCUCUGUCCAAACCGGCGAGCAAGUCUGGCAAGAAGCGCAAGAGGUCGAGGAAGGAGAGUUACAAAGUGAUGAAGCAGAAAUUGCUGUCCACUAUUCAGCAGAAUCCAGAUUUCUCUGUUACAUUCCUGCGUACUGCACAGGCACGGAAUCGUGACGCACCCCUUCCCUGUCAUUUCCUCUCGGUCAUCAGGUUUCUCUGA